CACCGCUAGUCUUUUACUCAUAUUCACUGAUCAAAACAAAAUAGUCAAAUAAUAAUUUUCUACCUUUUCCAUGCGCAGCAGGCAGUCAUUUAUCGUUGUUAAGCGUUCUGCCUAUAAAAAUAUUCCACUAUACUCUCUUUUGAUAGUCAUUUUAUUUUGAUAUUUUUUUAUACUGUGCAUCAUUAUGAGAAUGUGUAGUUUUUUAUCUUUGUAGUUUCAAAAGUCAGUUGGUUUUCGAUAUAUUACAUAUACUGUGUAUCUCCAUCCUUAAUUUCAUAUAGAUAGGCUAAAAGUUCACUUUUCUACGACAUUCUGUUCACAUGUGUUCUUUGACCAGAAAAUCAUCCUGUAUUGAAAAUUUGUACUUUUUCUUUAAUAUCAAACUGCAUCAGCCUAGUAUAGUAUAUCCAUGAUAUACUAACAAGAGUAGAUCUCCAAGGGACACAUCAGUUUUUGCUUAAAAGUCAUGAAUAAUUGGUGCUGAUGAUUUCGAAUAUGACAAUAGGAGCUGUUUUUAGGUCAUGAAACACCGUAUCUAGAACAUCCGCUCUCCAAGGCUUAAAAACAGCUCCUAUUGUCAUAUUCGAAAUCAUCCGCACCAAUUAGCUAUGACUUUUAAGCAAAAACCGAUUUAUGACUUGGGAACCUCAUUUCGGAAAAUUACAUAGUUUCUCAAGUUAAACUUGCAAGAGAAUAAUGUGCAUUAUUUUAUGCUCCAAAAUUUUUUUACAUAAGAAAUUUUUCGUUAUUUAUUUUUGUUUUUUACCGGUAUGUUGGCUGAAGAAUGAAGCUAUAUUUUUUUUUUUAUAAGAUUAUUUAUUUUUCUGGUAAAAUCUCUUUUGUGUAACGUAUUUUGUUGUUUUUUUGAGAAUAGAAAAAAUUUUGAUUGAAUUCUAAUAAGUGCUGGAGUUAGAAGUGGGGAGGAAAAUUGAAAAAUAAUCUCAUUUGUUUCUCUUAUAAAAUGAGACUAUUGUCAUAUACAUGUUUGUUUUAGGAUAAUUGGUAUUUAUACAACGUUUGUAUUUGUUGUUGCUCGAUUAUUGCGUACAGUUUUACAAACAUCUCGAACAAUAAUGUUUGAUGAAUUACCCUAUGUUGAUCGAAUAUGGCAAUUACUAUCAGACAUUUACCUCGUACGAGAACAUUUAUUAUUAUUACUCGAAGAACAAUUAUUUGCCAAACUUUUGUUUCUAUAUCGAUCACCAGAAACUUUGAUUAAGUAUACUAAACCAAAAUAUGAUUGA